AUCAGCUUUCCCGUGGCACCAGAGGGGACAGGGAUAGAAGCCCGUGGGCUUUGCAGCAUUCCAGCCCUGCCUGCAGGUCCUGCUCUCACCUCUCCCUGCUCCUAAGUGACAAGCAGCCUUAAAAGAGGCAGGAAAAGCCCACAGGCUGAGCCCAGAGGAGAGGGAGCAGCUGCUGCCAAACCUGAGAGCUGUGGGCUGGAACGAGGUGGAAGGCAGAGAUGCCAUCUUCAAAGAGUUCCACUUCAAGGACUUCAACCGGGCCUUUGGCUUCAUGACCAGAGUGGCCCUACAGGCAGAAAAACUGGAUCACCACCCUGAAUGGUUCAAUGUGUACAAUAAGGUUCACAUCACCUUGAGCACCCACGAGUGUGGAGGCUUAUCUGAGCGAGACAUCAACUUGGCCAGCUUCAUCGAGCAGGUUGCAGCUUCUCUCUCCUGACCAGAGAAGCCAAAGACCAACUCUGUCACUGCCACAGUGCCCUGGGUGGCUGCACCUAGAGCCUUCUCCCACUUCCAAGCUAGUUCCUGGAUCCAGACUGCUUAACUUCGCCUUGCCAAGCUCCCUGCCACAGCUCAGAUGGAGGCACCUCUUGGGCACUCAGAUACCCACCUCUGAUCUUGCCAUUUCCAUUCUUACCUGCUACCAGCUCACAAACUGCUGCCCUUUUACUAGGAGUCAUGUUACACAACUGCACCAGUAAAUCUUGCCAGAGCCUGACCCCAUCCAACCAUUGUUUCCUUGCUUCUUUGCCUACUGCAAUAUGCUUUCUACCCAUGACAUGGUACAUGAGCCUUUGGUUUCUCCACACCACCCACUGUGAUGUGUAAUUUGGUCAUUGCUGUCACCUCUUUCUACCAGUAUUAUAAGCAGGCAUGUGAUCCCAGCCCCACUGUAACCAGCCUUUUAACUGGAUACCAAUUGAAAAUGUUUACAAUAAAGGUCUUGGUCAACCUGA